AUGUCGUCCACCCCGCCCAAGAAUGAUGGCGUGGAACCAGCACCGCAGUCGCCUGACGAUUCGGAGCCGCAUAUGGACAGAGAAGCUCACGAAACACAAGCGCAGGGACUCGGGUACGAGUUUGAGGUCAAGGAACAGGACCGAUGGCUUCCAAUCGCCAAUGGUGCACGCGCCAUGUCGUCCGCUUCCCCGCAGUCGAGCUCCUCGCCGCCACAGACGAUCCCCAAGUCCGCAAACGCUGCAGCUGCCGAUGCUAACAUACGCAAUUUUGCUCCAGUCGCCCGCAUCAUGAAGAUGGCCCUGCCCGAGAACGCAAAGAUCGCCAAGGAAGCAAAGGAAUGCAUGCAGGAAUGCGUCAGCGAGUUCAUCUCCUUCAUCACGAGCGAGGCCAGCGAAAAGUGCCAGCAGGAGAAGCGCAAGACGGUCAACGGCGAAGACAUCUUGUUUGCCAUGACUUCCCUGGGCUUCGAGAACUACUCGGAAGCGCUCAAAAUCUACCUCUCACGGUACCGCGAGACCCUCCUCGCAAAUCAGAACAAGCCUGCUGGGGCAAACCAGUUCAAUGCAGCAGGGUCCGCUGCAGGUGGCAAUCCCGGCCCAGAGGGUGCCCAACACCCGAACGUUCUGAGCGGCGACGCAGAGAUGGGAGACAACGACAACACCGCUUUUGGCUACACCGUCCACAACGGAAACAACGGCGCCGAAUUCUAA